AUGGGCUUACCAGCUCUUGAUCGGUACAAAGGACGAUGCUAUCACAUCGAGCCCGUUGCUGGGGAAGAAAAUCAAUAUAUUGCUUACGUAGCUUAUCCCUUAGACCUUUUUGAAGAAGGUUCUGUUACUAACAUGUUUACUUCUAUUGUCGGUAAUGUAUUUGGGUUCAAGGCACUGCGUGCUCUACGUCUGGAGGAUUUGCGAAUCCCAACUUCUUAUAUUAAAACUUUCCAAGGUCCGCCUCAUGGCAUCCAAGUUGAGAGAGAUAAAUUGAACAAGUAUGGUCGUCCCCUAUUAGGAUGUACUAUUAAACCUAAAUUGGGGUUAUCCGCUAAGAAUUAUGGUAGAGCGGUUUAUGAAUGUCUUCGUGGGGGACUUGAUUUUACCAAAGAUGAUGAAAAUGUGAAUUUCCAACCAUUUAUGCGUUGGAGAGACCGUUUCUUAUUUUGUGCUGAAGCAAUUUAUAAAGCACAGGCUGAAACAAGUGAAAUCAAAGGGUAUUACUUGAAUGCAACUGCGGGUACAUGCGAAGAAAUGAUAAAAAGAGAUGUAUUUGCCAGAGAAUUAAACACUGAACGGUUAAGAAAGUUAGGAACAGAGGGUGGGGUUUGA